CAACAACAACAAUAAUAAUGGUAGUAAUUGUUCAAAAUGUUCUACUUUUACAAAUAAUAAUAAUUCAUCUCCUACUACUCCUAUUAUUGAAGAAAUUCCUGAUGUUCCUCCUUUACCUAUACAAUUACAAGAUCAAAGACAAUUUAAUCAACCACAUAGACAAUUCACUCAACCACAAAGACAACACACUAAUCAGUAUCAUCAAAGACAAAUUAGUCAAGAUGAUUCUGAGGCUUUAUUACCUUCACUUGCUUAUAUUCCUCAAUCUAGACGUGGUAGUAAUACUUCUAUUAUGACUAAUUCUACUUCUCAAACUAAAACUAAUAAUGAUAAUCCUACGGAUACUUUCAACAAACAUUCUUUUAUAUAAAGAAAACACCUUUGUAUUUUAUCUUAUUGUGU